UAUAGCGGGCAAAGUUUAGAAAAGCACUUCAGCGGGGGCCUAGCAGUCACAUAAUGUGCCAGGCCAGCAGAUUCUGAGGUUACCAGUAUGAGAGGUAGAGGUACCCAAGAUGAGCCGGAGUAAGCUGGAUGUGAUGUACAGGCGUCUCCUGCUCACCAAGUUCUUUACACGAGGAUGGGGAGACUUAGAUCAACUCAAGAGAUUACUGGAAUUCAAAAAGUAUGUACAGAACAGGGACUUGUGUUGCCAGUUGGUGGACAAGCACUUCAGAAACUAUCCUGUGGCCAUUGACAAAAGUACUGUUGGUGGGGACUGUAAGAUUUUAGAAGGACACUUCACCUCACCCCUAACACACAUCUUGCCAGGACUUCUGCCCAGAGAGGCAGAAACUGCAAGGUUCCAACUUAUUCUGCCUGUCCGAUGGCCCACAGAACGGAGACCAGUCUGCAUCCACCUAGCUGGCACAGGAGAUCAUUUUUUCUGGAGACGCAGGACUCUCAUGGCCAAACCACUGUUAAAGGAGUCAGGAAUCGCCUCUCUGCUGCUGGAAAAUCCUUAUUAUGGAUACAGAAAGCCUAAGGAUCAGCUUCGCUCCAGUCUGCUGAAUGUGAGUGACAUCUUUGUGAUGGGCGGGGCGCUGAUUUUAGAGUCGCAGGUGUUACUGCACUGGUGUGAGAGACAAGGUCUGGGUCCACUGGGGCUCACAGGCAUCUCCAUGGGAGGACAUAUGGCAUCUCUGGCAGCGUCCAACUGGCCGAAGCCCAUUGCUCUCGUCCCUUGUCUAUCCUGGAGCACAGCUUCCUCAGUCUUCACACAGGGUGUGCUGAGUCGAGCCAUCCCAUGGAGGCUAUUGGAGAAACAGUAUGAAAAUGAUGCAUAUAUACAAGAAAUUGGUGCUCUUCUCAAAUCUAUUGGUGAAGAUUCCUUUAAACUGGGCCAAGAAUUUGUAUCCAGUGUUGGAGACUUACAACACUUGAAUGCAAACAUAUUGACAUUAAAAUCAGACUCACUGGAUCAAGUGUCAACUUCUAAGAUAGCUGUGAGUAAUCCAACAAAAGAUAAGUCUGAGAGUCUUCAGCGAGGAAGCAAGACAUCCUUGUCUGGAGGUACAAGACAGCUGUUUCACAAUGAGGAUGAAAAUCACAAAGUAAAGACAGCUUUGAAAAAGGCUCGACUAAAAGCACAACAGAGAAGCCAGGAAGCAAUGGUGUUCAUGGAAGGUGUCAUGGAUGAAAUCACACACCUGAAAAACUAUACAAUGCCUGUGGACCCAGAGCUGGUGGUAGUGGUGGCAGCUAAGCAUGACUCCUACGUGCCAAGGGACAAGGUCACUGACCUAGGCGAGCUGUGGCCGGGAUGUGAGGUCAGGUAUAUCGACACUGGACACAUCGCUGCUUUCCUCUUCAACCAAAGUGUCUUCAGACAAGCCAUCACUGAUGCAUUUACCCGUAUGGGGAGGACUUAAUGGUCGUCAUGACAACUAGGAUCAGGCCAACCAAUCAGAACCAACUGUUCAUCAAAAGUGUGAAACUGGAACCGACCAAUAGCUAUGAUUAUCAAUACCGAGUAUUGUUGCAGUGAUGUUGAGUGUGCGCAGCGUGUUUUUAAUAUUUUGCUGUGAGCUUCAGCUGAAAAUAUGGUAUGACUGUCAAAUAUGUAAUAUAUGACAGUAAGUACACAUUAACAAAUGUAUGUCAGCUCUCUAGUAUUUAUAGCAACACUAAAAUGUGCACCAGGACCAACCAUAAUUUUAUUAUAUUUGUAGUCAUUGAUGUUGGCAUCCAACGUCCAUUUGAAAGCCGUAAUAUCAGUUGUCAAAAUGGUCCGCAACAGACUGAGUGUUGGAAUUCUAAAAAUGUCAAAUUAUAUCAAAAUGUCUGUUAGAUCUAAAUAUCUACAAUGUCAAAUAAUGCUUAUGUUGGCUUCACUGCAGCUUAAAGAUAUAAUUGAAAACUUCUGUCAAUUCAAUCCAAAAAAUUGUUUUGUGCACAAGUAUUGCAGGCAAAAGGCUUGCACUAUUAAAUUUGACCAUCCAGGAAAAUACAGUAUAUGUCUGGUAGUGUUAUUAUAUUAUAAUAAUGCAAAAACUCAGGCAUGGUUGUGUUCACUUAGUAGACCAAACUUUAUUAUUCAUCAAUAAAGUAAUAAUUGGCUCUGAUUCAGUUAUUAUUAUGUUUAUCAUGUUUUUCUUUGUUUGAAAGGGCCAAGACAGACAUUGAUAAGAUACUCUCUUACACAAAUUUGAAAUCUACAUGAAGUUCAUGCGAAUGUGCAAAAAACUGAAUGAACCUGCUAGUUGAAGAAAUGUGAACUUGAGAAACAGCUUACAAUUUUUGAAAGCCUUGAGAACACUUUGCAAAAUUGAUGUAGUUUGAGAUUGUAAAAAUAUCUCUACUCCCUUGAUCAUAGUAGAAACCAACAUGUUAACUUUGUAUUGAAAUAAUUUGUAUGUGCCUUGUAUCCUUCCAUAUACAAUUGAUUGUGGCCUUCUUUGCUUCUGCCUUUAAUGUCCUUAAAAUUAAGAACAUCUGAAUGAG